UUAAGAUAAGGUAUCAGCUUACAUACUGAUAGGCCUACUCCUACUGCGCAUGCGUCAGUUCUGAUACUCAGUCAGCUGUCUAUCAGUUGUCGUCAUGACGCUAGCAAAGAGGUUUCUGUUGUUGCUACUUCUGCCGGCUUACGGAACUUGCUCGGAACAAUACAAGGUAACAGACCAAGUGUUCUUUGACAUCACAAUUGGUGGCCAGGAUGCUGGACGUAUUGUCAUCGGGCUCUUUGGGGACAUUGUGCCCAAAACAGUGAAGAACUUCAAAAUAUUGGCAGCAGACGGAGUAAAGGCGAGGAAAUAUGGCAACAAUACCCCCUUCCACAGAGUCAUACGCAAUUUUAUGAUUCAAGGAGGAGACGUUGAGUCAGGAAAUGGUCUCGGCACACUCAGCAUAUAUGGCAAACAUUUCAAGGAUGAGAACUUCAUCGUAAAACACACAGCCCCAGGAUUUGUGAGCAUGGCCAAUUCUGGGCCAAAUACAAAUGGAUGCCAGUUUUUCAUAAUCACACAACCAACUCCAUGGCUAGAUGGUAAACAUGUUGUCUUUGGAAGGGUUAUUGAAGGAAUGGAUAUUGUCCAUAAAAUUGAAGGUCAGAAAACAUACGAAGAUGAUCGCCCGAUCGCGAAUGUAAAUAUUGCCGCAAGUGGUUUGUUGCCUCUCAAGGAGCCAUUUUAUGUCAACGAUGACGCAAAUGACAUGACAGCAUGGGCCAAAGCCUCCAUAUUCCCUCUCACCAUGUCAUUCACCAUUCUCGCCAUAUUCCACUGGUUCUUCAAGAAACUUGAUGUUGCGACUCAAGGCACUUAGCUUAGUGUACACAACAUUUAUCAAAAACACAAUUGUUAUACCAUAAACUAUUUGUUAGUUUAUGAUCAAAAUUCAAUUGCGCUAUUCCUCAUUUUGAAACAUCCACGCAAAAUGCUUUCCAUUACUAUUUUGGUAAAUUUAUACUAAAACUAGAAUUUGAAUCGUUUUUAAAAUUCUGUCAGAAUUAGAGCUUAUACAGUAGACAAAGAAACUUUUUUUUAGUAAUCACCAUAUCAUCCAGUUAAAUAAGGUUUGAGGAAUACAGAGAAAAAUGGUUACUAAUAGAUCAUUCAAAAUUUUCUUCCUAAAGACCAUACGCCUAUGUAGGAUAAUUAUUGUUUUAUAUAUAUAUUUAUCAGAGACUACAUCCCUAG